GGGGAUUGAAUCAGCAUUCUCAGUCACAUUUGAGAAAACUGAGACUCAAAAAGAAGAACACAGAUUAUAAGUGAAACCUGCCAGUACAGAUAAGCCUCAUUAUCAUCUAGGCUGGCCCCUGAACUCCUAGGCUCAAGUGAUCCUCCUGCCUCAGCCUCUUGAGUAGCUGGGAAUAAAAUUAUGCACCAUGGUGCCAAGGGACUUGUAACAUCUGAAUAUACAAACCAAACAGGCAAACUCUUGCACCAUUGCUACCACAACAUUUUACCACAGAAGAGUACCACUGUAUAUUAAUUUGAAGCAGAGGAAAAAGAAAAAGACCUGAUUAGACAUAAGAAUACCUAUAGAAAGGGAUGACGGCCACAGCUGCAGUGGAAACACCAAAAAUGGAGAAAAGUGCCUCCAAGGAAGAGAAGCAGCAGCCUAAGCAGGAUGGCAUAGAGCAAGGCAAUGCUGAUUCUGAAGAGUGGAUGAGCUCUGAGAGUGACCCUGAACAGGUAAGCCUUAAGAACAGCAACAAUAGCUGCCAACCUGGAGAUGGUCAGUUGAAGAAAAAGGAGAUGCCUUCCAAGCCACACCGUCAGCUUUGUCGAUCACCCUGUCUGGAUCAUCCGAGUUUCUCCCAGAGCAGCCUUUUACAGGAUAGUAAGUUCAACUUAGAGAAAGAAUACCAAGCCAAGAUGGAUUUUGCUCUAAAGCUGGGCUAUGCUGAAGAACAGAUUCAAUCAGUGCUGAAUAAGCUGGGCCCGGAAUCACUUAUUAAUGAUGUAUUGGCUGAGCUUGUCAGACUUGGGAACAAAGAUGACUCAGAAGGGCAGGUCAACUUGAGGCUGUUAGUGCCCCGGGGCCCCAGCUCCAGAGAAAGUGCAAGCCCUGAAUUGUCUCUUGAAGAUGAAAUAGACAACAGUGAUAAUUUGAGGCCAAUUGUCAUUGAUGGAAGUAAUGUGGCAAUGAGCCAUGGGAAUAAAGAAGAAUUCUCCUGUAGAGGAAUUCAACUUGCUGUGGAUUGGUUUCAAGACAAAGGUCAUAAAGAUAUCACUGUAUUUGUGCCUGCAUGGAGAAAGGAGCAAUCCCGCCCUGAUGCACCAAUUACAGAACAAGAUAUUCUUCGUAAACUGGAGAAGGAAAAAAUUCUAGUCUUCACACCUUCCCGAAGGGUCCAGGGCAGAAGGGUUGUAUGCUAUGAUGACCGAUUCAUAGUUAAAUUAGCAUUUGAUUCUGAUGGCAUCAUUGUGUCCAAUGACAACUACCGAGACCUUCAAGUCGAAAAGCCAGAAUGGAAGAAGUUUAUCGAGGAGCGGUUGCUGAUGUAUUCUUUUGUGAAUGACAAAUUUAUGCCUCCAGAUGAUCCUUUAGGACGCCAUGGCCCAAGCCUUGAAAAUUUCUUAAGAAGAAGACCUAUUGUUCCUGAGCAUAAGAAGCAACCAUGUCCUUAUGGCAAAAAAUGCACCUACGGGCACAAGUGCAAAUACUACCAUCCGGAGCGGGCCAACCAACCCCAGCGUUCGGUGGCUGAUGAGCUCCGCAUCAGUGCCAAACUGUCCACAGUGAAAACCAUGAGCGAAGGCACCCUGGCCAAGUGUGGUACAGGGAUGUCUAGUGUCAAAGGUGAGAUAACCUCAGAGGUAAAACGUGUGGCACCCAAGCGCCAGUCAGAUCCCAGCAUCCGGUCUGUGGCUGUGGAGCCUGAGGAAUGGCUGUCCAUUGCCCGAAAGCCUGAGGCCAGCUCUGUCCCAUCUCUUGUGACUGCCCUGAGUGUCCCCACAAUCCCACCCUCCAAAAGCCAUGCAGUGGGUGCAUUAAACACCCGUUCGGCCAGCAGCCCGGUGCCAGGAUCCUCUCAUUUCCCCCACCAGAAGGCCUCUUUGGAGCACAUGGCCAGCAUGCAGUACCCCCCUAUCCUGGUUACCAACAGCCAUGGGACCCCAAUUAACUACACUGAGCAAUACCCAAAGUUUGAAUCUAUGGGGGACCAUAGCUACUAUUCAGUGUUAGGUGACUUCGCCAAACUGAACAUCAACAGCAUGCAUAACAGAGAGUACUACAUGGCUGAAGCAGAUCGGGGCAUGUAUAGUUGGAAUCCCAACUUCUGUCCUGACAGUCUUAUGACCCACACCAGGAAUGACAACUAUUCCUCUUACAACAAUCUGUACUUGGCUGUAGCUGAUGCCCAUCCUGAAGGCAGUUUGAAGCUGCACCGUUCAGCAUCUCAGAACCGUCUUCAGCCUUUUUCUCAUGGUUACCAUGAAGCCUUAACUAGAGUGCAAAGUUAUGGCCCAGAGGAUUCCAAGCAAGGCCCCCACAAGCAGUCAGUCCCUCACUUAGCUCUGCAUGCCCAGCACUCAGCAACUGGAGCACGCUCCAGCUGUCCUGGAGACUACGCCAUGCCUCCCAAUAUUCAACCUGGGGCAACCUCCCAGCCAGGCCGUGCUCUAGUAAUGACUCGGAUGGACAGCAUUUCUGAUUCCCGACUGUAUGAGAGCAACCCCUUGAGGCAAAGACGACCUCCUCUGUGCCGGGAACAGCAUGCCAGCUGGGAUCCACUGCCCAGUGCAACUGAUUCCUAUGGCUAUCACUCCUGUCCCUUAAGUAACAGCCUCAUGCAGCCAUGUUAUGAGCCAGUCAUGGUACGGAGCAUGCCUGAAAAGAUGGAGCAGCUUUGGAGGAAUCCUUGGGUUGGAAUGUGCAAUGAUUCCAGGGAGCAUAUGAUUCCAGAGCACCAAUAUCAGACUUACAAGAACCUUUGCAAUAUUUUCCCUUCUAAUAUUGUUCUUGCAGUGAUGGAGAAGAAUCCCCACACAUCAGAUGCCCAGCAAUUGGCAGCUUUGAUUGUUGCGAAGCUUAGAGCUGCACGUUGACAUGACACAGGACUUAGUCCUUUAUAUACAUAUAAAUAUUAAUACUAAUAAUACACUAAUACUAUGAUUACAGUAACUAAUGAUUUACAUUGCGCUUUAAAAGUUACAGAAUGUUUACAUCAUUUAAGCUCACAACAACCUUGUAAAGUAGGUUGUAUUAACAUCCUAUUUCAUAGAAAAGGAAGCUGAAGCUCAGUAAGAUUUAAGUGACUGCAAUGUUUAUGCUGCUAGCAAAUGACCAAGUCAAGACGAAUACCCAAAUCCUGACUCCAAGUUUCUUGCCCUUUUGCACUGCACCAUUGCAGGUAAUGGAAGAUGAAACCCAGGGGAAGAAGCCUAAGUACAAGAAAUCCCAAGGGAUUUUAUUACCAGCGCUUUCUUAACCACAUGUUCUGUGUUACAAAGUAUGGAUGACAUACCAAUUUAGAGAGCAAAAGCAUCAAGGUCAAAUAGAGUGCUGAAUUAACCUUUUAGGGUUUCAAUAAAAAUAUUUAAAGCUAUUUAAAAGUAAA